AUGACUGAAACACCACAUUCCCAUUCAACAUCUUCAUCCAUUUCCAGUAUUCCUGAUGAGGACUCUGAACGCCGUAUCUUAUGCGGUUGUGCUGGUGCCAACAGAUUCGUUAUAGUUGCUUUAGGUUUACUCUUUCUUUCAUUCCUAAUGUCAAGCCUCAUCGCAUUCAAUGCAACGUUUGUGGCGAUCAUGGACAAGACAACGUCUCCUCUUUAUAAUGGUUCCAUUUCGGCUGAUAUCGACUGGGCCAGUUCAUCUCUUCCAAUCCGUGAUCGACGGCUAUCUUUCGGUGUGCUCGAGAAGAGCCUGAGCUUCGCUGGCGGUUUCGCUGGUUCAAUGCUGGCCACGUUCCCGGUGGACAUGCUGCUGAAGAAGUAUGGCCCUCAUAAAGUUAUGACCGUGAUUGGGAUCAUUUGUACCACCAUGGUCGCUAUUACUCCAACCGUUAUGUGCUGGUCGUUUCCAGCUUUCGUUGUUUUACGGGUUAUUUCGGGACUAGCCAUAUCAAAUUCGUUUCCGGUGGCGGGAUAUAUUGUUAACGAGUGGGCCACGACUACGGAAAAGGGCCUGUUUGUAGCCAUACUGUCCGGUUUCGUGGAAGUUUCCGCACUUGUCACUAUGCCAUUAAGUGGACUGAUAGCCACUAGAGUGAGCUGGGAUAUGAACUUCUAUUUUCAUGCGAUUCUUUGCGGUUUGCUCACAUUAUUCUGGGCGUUGUACUACAGAGAUAAGCAAACAAAACAUCCCUUCGUUGCCAAACGGGAAUCGCAAAGAAUCAGCCGUGGAAAACAGCCCACACCACCACUUCAACGUAUAUUUCGUUCAAUGGUUAUAUGGGCAAUCUGGAUUGCUGUCAUAGGGAACUUCCUGGUUGCUCAAUUCACCAUAUCCUAUUCACCACUGUAUCUGUCGUAUGUACUCGGAUUUCACACUACGACUGCUGGAGUUCUCACAAUUGUCCCACUGGCCGUUCAGCUACUAAUCAAGUUACUGACCGGUCUGGCAUCAGAUCGCCUUACUUGUCUGCCAGAGGUCGGUAAAUUGCGCCUCUUCAACUCAAUCGCUCUUCUUGGCUCAGGGCUUUUCUUCAUUCUGUUGGCAUUAAUUCCACCAAAUGGUGACGCCUUCGAUGUGAUCCUAAUCAUAAUCCCAAUUGCAUUGCUCGGAUUCACUUCCGGCGGCUAUCCGAAAUGUGCAGUGAUGGUAUCUCAGCAGCAUUCUCCGUUUGUUAUGUCCAUAGUACAGAUUGUCGCUUGUUGUUCAUUGCUCACUGGAUCGUUUGUGGUCCCGGCUCUAACGAAAGACGACACAUUUGAGCAAUGGAGGAACGUUUUCCUUAUUUACGCAUUUGUACUGACACUGUCGAAUACGAUUUUCAUCGCAUUUGCCAGGGCAAAGCCGGCAAAAUGGGUUGCAAACCCUACCAAAGCCGAAAUUAUACCAGCAGAUUGCGCUCCUGCCAAUGUAAACACAUCAACUUUACCCUGA